UCGGUGGUUUUACAGUUUUAUUUCUCGUUGCAAAGAAGCAUUGAGUAAUGUUGUUGCCGAUAGAAAACAGUUGAACUGCGCAGAGAGUUCAGCUCAGUCGAAGCAAGAGCAAGGAGAGGGCAGAAAGCGGAGAGAUCGCUCUAGGUUUUAUUAUGCUCAGUUUGAUCAGUAUUUGCCAAUCUAACCGGUCGGACUCAUGGUGAAGAGAAAGAAGACGUCGCCUACUACCGAAGAGCACGACAAUGGCAUGACACCGGGCUCCAGGGAGGGGAUCGGUGUCGAUGGGAGGAGGAAUCCGUCCAGAAAGCCCGAAGGUUGCGACGAGGAGGAGAGCGGAGAGCAGGCGAGCGAGGAGCGCAGUACAAAGGGAGACGACGGAGUGGAAAUUCUUAAUCCAUCAGCCACGGGUCUCAGCCCCGGUUCAGCCCCGGUCCUCCCCGCCUCUCCGCCGAACCGAACCGGACUAGGCUCAGCCCAGCAUCCCCAGACCUCCGCGGAGCCCGCCCCUCCGUGUCACGACCAGCAUCAUUUUCUCCGAUCCAGCGUUAGACCUCCGAGCAAACGGAUCCGGAAGGAUUCAAUCGGCUCGACCAUCAAUGGUCAUGGCGGGGCAAAAUCGAAAGGAGCAGAGAAUGGCUCGUCCUCCCAGGGGACAGUCGGACAGUCGGGGCCUGUGGCGGGCUCCACAGGGGGAGUGUCCAAGGCCUCCAAGGGCCAAGGGUCUGCUGAGAAGGAGGAGCAAGCCGGUAACCAGAAGAGGGCCCGUCGGCAGUGGGAGUCCUGGAGCGCAGAGGACAAAAACAGCUUUUUUGAGGGGCUAUACGAGCAUGGGAAGGAUUUUGAGGCUAUCCAGAACAACAUUGCAAUGAAGUACAAGAAAAGAGGCAAGCCAGCCAACAUGGUGAAGAACAAGGAGCAGGUUCGCCACUUUUACUACCGGACCUGGCACAAGAUCUCCAAACACAUUGACUUUGCUAAUGUGUACUCCAGAGUGCUGAAGAAAUCCUCUCAAGAACUCUACGGUCUGAUCUGCUACGCCGAGCUCCGCAAAAAAGUUGGAGGAUUAAUGGAUGAUAAGAACGUGGCAAAGCUCAAUGAACUCAUCCAACAAGGGGCCACCACUGUACGCUCCAAAGGGAGGAACCUACGAAUCAAAGCACCCAUGUGCCGUGCACUGAAGAAACUUUGUGACCCAGAUGGAGUGAGUGACGAGGAGGACCAGAAGCCGGUGCGUCUACCCUUGAAGGUGGCAGUGGAGCUCCAACCCCGCAGUAACCACUCCUGGGCCCGUGUUCAGAGUCUAGCCCACAACCCUCGCCUCAGGAUGGUGGUGGAGCUCCACAGGAAAGUCUCCAGCCUCAUUGAGUACCUGAAACAGAAGUGGACGUACCAUGACCAGCGGAUUCUUAAGAGUCUCAUGGAGAGAGAGGCUCUGGAGGGCAGCCAGUCACCCAGCAAAUCCCAGCAGGAGGAGCUAUUUCUUUUCCCAGCUGAGAGCAGCACCUUGACCACACUGCCCGGUGUGGCACGUGUGGUUCACUCCAAGGCCUCCUGCACUGUACACUGGCUAGAGAGCGGAAAGAACCGGCCUAACGCCAAGGAAUUGCCAGCUGCCCAGAUUCUGGGUAUCCACACAGCUCCACCACUUCGGACUGGCACCAAAUCUGGAAGGGGAGGCACCGCUGCUGCUGGCGGUGCUACAGUGACUGUAUUGAGUGAUAGUCGUCGAACUGAGCCCCUUAACCCUGAGCCUUCACAAGACAGUUCAAAGGUAGAGGAGAAGAGACCGCCGUCUGUUAAUGUCCCCGCUUCCCCUCAACAGACUGUGGCUCAUAAGGAAGAGGGAACUGGGACGGGACCUUCUGAGGGGAACAAGACCUGUACUGGUGCUGAGGCUAGUGGUGGUUUAGCAGUGACCAAAGGCGUGGAGAAGUUGUGUAGUGGUACAGAAAGCUCAUCGGAGCAAUGCAAAGAGGAGCAGAACAGCAGCACCUCCUCCCCAGAAGCAAACCAGACUCCUCCAGCCAAACCUACAGUGGCUGUCUCAGAGGAGGGGAUGUCGCAAGGCUCUGCACCUGCAGCCAAAGAACGGGCUGUUGAGCAGAUCAGAGAGGAGGGCUGGAGUGCCCGCGACGCAGACAACGUCACCCUGGCUGAGCUCUACCUGAUGUUUGGGAAGCCUGGAAAGCUGCAGCUGGAGUAUGAGUGGCAGCCUGUUGCGGUUCCUUCCAACAACCAAGAAAAUGGACAAGCCUUGGUACCGCCCAAACCCAUCAAAACAAACCGCGUUUUGCGCUGCCUGCUCAAGCUUGUUGCCACUGAAGUCAAUCCUAAACCUUUGGCUCCGGAGCUGUGCUCCACAGCCACAUCACCACUUAAAACCCACCAGGAGGAGCAAAACCAGGCCCUCACGCCUCCAGGGAAGGGUCCCAUAGCAGGCGUUCGCAGCCCCAGCUGCGGCCGGCAGCAGGCCUCUGUCCGAGGGGCCCGGUUGCACCUGCCAAACGCUGGGGCCUCAGGUGGACGCAACCUCCCUCGCUCUCUGCUGGGGUCGACUGCGGGCAGCGACUCAGAAAGUGGCGUGUUUGCAGUACCCACCACGCUGCCUCCCAACAGCUCACGGCACAACCGAAUGUUUUCCCCGAACAAGGAAGCUGAGCUGGCCUUCAGACAGCAGCUCGACUCUAUCAGUAUGCAGUCAGAUCUUUUCCUUUCUAGACAGAGAAAACCUCGAAACAGACAACUCCGGAAACCGCUUGUAGUUCAGCGAACGCUCCUACCCCGAACUACAGGAGAUACUCCUCAGCAUGUCUGCUCCUUCUCCAUCCUCUCCAACUCCUCUGCCACAGGAACUGGAUCCUUCCGGCCAAUCCAUACUCGCCUUGCUCCUUCCUCCCGCCCCCCCCUGACCAAAGUUUCCCCUGCAGCGUCCAGCUCUGCAGCAGCCAGCCAGCUCUCCAGUGCCAUUGACCAGGCAGCUAAGUCUGCAGGUAUCAUCCCUGGCAGUCCCCGUAGGGAGCCGAGUUCUCCCUCUGUUGACAACACCGUGCUCGCCACCACACCCAUUGUUGAUGCUGAACCAGACUCUCAACUCCUUCAGCACAAUGUCCCAGAGAAUGGUGUGCCUCCACCGUCUCCUGGAGUGACCGGUGGUGGGGACUCUCUCCUCUCUCCACCCAGUGUGGCCUCGCUCCUGGACAUCUCUCUCCCUGGUCCUCCUGAAGAGCCUCUCGCCCCCGGAGAACCUCAAACACACAUCAGUGACUCCAUUAUCGAGCUCGCCAUCAACUCUGCCCACUACGGGGAGGAGGCCGCUCUCUCUCCAGCCAAGCUGAGCAACAAUGACAGCUCCAAGCUGUUGGCCUCGUCUCCCUCAGUCAGCCCAUCCAGAGGCUGGAUCCCAUCGCCCAGCCAUGACCCCCAGUGGUACCCCAGCGACUCAUCUGACUCCACACUAGGAUGCCUCCUCUCCAGCAUGGUCACUCCUGAUAAGGGCAGGCGGACCACCCUAACCCCCACGGGCCCCUCUAGCGGCACAGCUUUGCUUGGUCCUAGCCUCCUGGACUGCAACUCCCAUGAUUCCUUUCAGUCCCGUGGCCUUCCUGAUGUGGCAGAAAUGGAUUCCCAGCUUGCUUGUAUGAUGAGUGAGAGCAGCGUGGACUACAUCGCCCGCUUCAAUGACCUGGCUCAAGAACUGGCUGUGACUGAGCCCUCCAUCCCACCGCCCUGAGGAGGAGAGGACCCGCCUCCACGGACCCACGGCCACCUGAGGACAUGGGUUUCUGAGUGACCGCAGGAGAGGUUUCUCCGCUCUGUCUAGACUUAUCGCCACGCUGUUUAUUCUACUUCGGAGAAAGGACGGCUAUGGAGAAAGACCAACCCCCUAAAGCCAUCCCUGCCCUUUUUGUAAAAGUGCAAUAAUAAUGGUGAACCUUGACCAUUGUUCAAAGCGAGUUUGAAAUGAGUUGGUUUCACUGAACUGUUGUUUAAGGUGAAAUGCCCUUUAAAAACACUUUAGAAAAACAAAUGCGUUUACAAAACACAACCUCAUGUACAGGAAGAUACUAUGCCAUAUCUGAACAAAAUAUUUUCACUGAUCUUUUAUGUCUCUUCCUGCUCUUUGUGUGUGUGUGUGUGUGUGUGUGUGUGUGUGUGUCUGUCUGUCUUCUACUAUCGCAGAUCAACCCCCAAAAUGUGUAAAUCCACCAAAAUGUGCAGUUCAGAUCCCAGCUGAUGGCAAACAGCGGCUGAUUUUGAAAGUAAUGGCAGUGAGAAGGGGGGUGAAAGUGGUGAGAUCAUAGUUGUUUUUAUUCAGUUGUUACUGUGGCCUCAGUUGCUGAAGUAGAGCACAACACAGCAGGGCGGGGUACAAGAAAGUAAAACCGUUUUGCUACUGCCCUCCAUGUCAUGUGCUCGCGAUCAGUUCAGGUUUUAUUUGGUUACAUUUCAGGAACAUAGCCUGCCAUGUGUGUUUGGAAUCAAGUUUGUCAUUCCUUGCCGUCACAUGAAAAAUGGCAGCUUUUUUUAUUUUAUUUUUUAUUUUGGUCGACUGCAUUUUGUAGCAGCUCUACAGAUCAGCAGCUGAAGUCAUAUUGGAGUUCAGUGUCCAUUGCCAGUCGCUUCUACAACUUUCAUCACUUUGAAUGUAUGUUGAUGCAAUAGCCUUCGAGUUUCUUUGUUGUCGCAUAAACAGGUCUAGAAGAAAUAGCAACGUUCUUCUUUCACGUACUUAUUUAUCUUGCUGUUUGUCCUUUAUUUUAUUUUUUUACACUGUAAUUAUAUACACAAACAUUUAAUUUUGGUCUCGUUUUAAAUAACCUUGUCUCUUUGACAAAUAACAUUGCUCAUUUACCAGCUGUUCUGCUUGCGUGUUGCACUUCAAACAAAGAAGCGAGCCGAGCUGUUUUCAAUCAAGGACUAAACAGAGGCACCCUCAUCCCAUAAUGUGACCAACCACAUAUUCAUUUCCAUCGGCAGGCUAAAAUUUGAAAUGUUAAAAGUUUGCAGUAGUGUUACACUCCAUUUUCAACUCCUCCGAAGCAAGCAGUCAGAGAUACGUUAUAAAAUCAAACACUAAAGCCAUAGUUGACACUCAACCACUUAAGUUGUUUUCUUUUAUUAAGUUAAGUCAUUAUUAAAUCACUAGUAAAAACUUCCUUAUUGGUUGUGCUCAAAACAUUAAUUCCCCAUUGGCUAGUACUGAUACGGGAUACUGACAAAACACUAUGGCUAAUGUCAACAUGAUUGUCCCUUUAAUGUCAGCCCACUUUGUAUGUGUUGAAGUUAAAGGUAAAUGCUUUUAAGUACUUUCCCCAUGACGUUUCACCAUUGCAAUGUAUUGUUUUUCACAGCAUAUACACACAUACCAUGUAAAGUCCAGACUGAUCCAGAUGUUCUCUCUGAAUUUCAGUUAACCAGCAUCAUCAAUAUGCAGUAUUGUGAACAUUUUGUCUGAUCAACAUGUUUAACUUCAUCUCUGAGUGUAAAUUGUAGGAGAGCUCUUGUUGUCAUUCCACUAAUGGGAUUUAUAAACAUUGGUCUCCUUUAAAGCACCUUGAGGGGCUUUGACUCUACAGUGUAAAAGCUCUUGUGAUGUUUAUUCAUUUGUGAAAUAAAUCUCAAAAAGACUUCAUCUUCUCACACUAGAUAAACUACGGAGAUGAUUCUUAAUAAGGAAUAAACAGCGGGUUUUGUCUUUGAAUUUGGCAUGUUUGUUUUUUUUUUUGUUUUUGUUUAAGGAUUUAUUUGUACAAAAUGUCAAUUCCAGUAUUCACUGCGCUUUUUGUAACAUAUUGUAAAUUGUUAUUUGGAUUAUUUAUUGUUAACAUUUCAGAAAAGGUGUUUGUUUAACUUAAUAUGAAGAUGACAUCUAAAAAUGAAAAACCUGUUGAAAGUUUUCAGUUUGUAAAAGGUGUUUUUAUUCUGUGUAUAAAGAUAGUUUAAAAAAACCCAAA